CCAACUCGGUCCAGUAAAGCCACUCUCAGUUCUACUCUCAAGAUUCAAUUUUAACUCGAGUACAGCACAACACUCUCUGCCACUCUUCAGAGAAAGGAAAGACGAAAACAACAUAAAAGGCAAAAGCAAGAAACGUGAAAGAUUAGAUUGGCGCUUGCCAAACACCACCGGAUCACAGAAUCUAGGGUUUUGAUUCUACUCGCCGGUGAUGGCGAGUCCUACCUCAGGAAGACUCGUAAUCACGCCGAGUUCAAGAAUCUUGCACAGUCCUUUGACUGAUGAAACGAUCUGGAAGAGACUCAGAGAGGCCGGACUCGAUGAAGAGUCGAUUAAACGCAGAGACAAGGCCGCUCUUAUUGCUUACAUAGCAAAGCUUGAAGCUGAGAUCUUUGACCACCAGCAUCAUAUGGGCCUUCUCAUAUUGGAAAGAAAGGAGUUGGCUUCCAAGUAUGAGCAAAUUAAUGCUGCUGCUGAAGCAGCUGAAAUAUUGCAUAAGCGUGACCAAGCUGCGCACUUAUCUGCUAUGGCUGAAGCAAAGAAACGGGAAGAAAGUUUGAAGAAAGCUUUAGGUGUUGAGAAAGAGUGUUUAGCUAGUAUUGAGAAGGCCUUGCAUGAGAUGCGUGCAGAAUCUGCUGAAAUAAAGGUUGCAGCUGAGUGUAAAUUGGCUGAAGCACGCAUUAUGAUUGAAGAUGCUCAGAGAAAAUUUGUAGAGGCUGAAGCAAAGUUGCGUGCUGCAGAAUCUUUAGAAGCUGAGGCUAGCAGGUUUCAUCGUUCUGCAGAAAGAAAGCUGAAGGAAGUUGAGACACGUGAAGAUGAUCUUUCUAAGCGCAUUGUAUCUUUCAAGUCUGAUUGUGAUGAGAAAGAGAAAGAGAUCAUUCUUGAGAGACAAUCAUUAAGUGAAAGGAAGAAGAUUCUGCAGCAAGAACAUGAAAGAUUGCUUGAUGCACAAACUUCGCUGAAUCAAAGGGAAGACCACAUCUUUAGUAGAUCUCUGGAAAUAAGUCGACUUGAAAAAGAAUUAGAGGCCUCAAGAGCAAGUUUUGAGGAGAAACUCUUAGCCUUAAAGGAAGAGAAAUCCAAUGUAGAACUCUCCAGGCUUUCCUUAUCAAAAAGAGAAGAGGCCAUUAUUGAGAGGGAAGCUUUGCUGAAUAAGAAGGAGCAGGAACUACAUUUUGCAAAGGAAAAACUUGCAAGCAAAGAAUCUGAUGAAAUUCAAAAGGCAGUUGCCAAUCAUGAUUCUAUUUUAAGAGUAAAGAAGUUGGAAUUUGAGGCUGAGUUGGAGAGGAGGAGCAAAUUGGUGGAAGAUGAAAUUGAGACCAAGAGACGAGCAUGGGAGUUGAGGGAGAUGGAUCUUAAUCAGCGGGAGGAUGUGCUUCUGGAAAGGGAACAUGACUUAGAGGUUCAGUCAAGGGCAUUGGCAGAUAAAGAGAAGGAUGUGAUAGAGAGGUCAAAUCUACUUGAUGAGAAGGAAAAAAGUUUGAUUUCUUCUGCAAAGGAGGUUGAACUGAAGAAAUCACUUCUAGAAAAAGAAAAAGAAGAUGUUAAAGAAAUGAAGUUAGAUCUUCAGAAGUUUUCGGCUUCACUGGAUGCCAAACAGAAACAAGUUUUUCGUGCAGAGGAGAAACUAGAAGCCAUGAAAAGUGAAACAGACGAACUAUCAAUCUUAGAGAUGAAACUUAAAGAAGAACUUGAUAUGGUUAGGGCUCAGAAACUGGAACUUAUGGCUGAGGUAGACAAAUUGCAAGCAGAGAAAACAAAGUUUGAAGCAGAGUGGGAGUUCAUGGAUGAAAAGAGAGAAGAGCUGCGGAAGGAAGCAGAACGUGUUGCUGUUGAGAGAGAGGCCAUUUCUGUGUUUCUUAAGGAUGAGCGUGAUAGCCUUCGACAAGAGAGGAAUGCAAUGCGAGAUCAGCAUAAACGGGAUGUUGAAUCACUUAAUCAUGAGCGGGAAGAAUUCAUGAACAAGAUGGUACAUGAGCAUUCUGAGUGGUUCAAUAAGAUUCAGCGGGAGCGUGCUGAUUUCUUAUUGGGUAUUGAGAUGCAGAAGAGGGAACUGGAGGACUGUAUUGAGAAAAGGCGUGAAGAAUUAGAAAGUUCAUUUAGAGAAAAAGAGAAGACCUUUGACGAAGAAAAGAAGAAAGAACUUGAGCAUAUUAGCUGUCUUAGGGAAAAAGCAGAGAAAGAAUUGGAACAGGUCACUUUAGAAAUGAAGAGGCUUGAUGCUGAGAGAAUGGAGAUCAAUUUAGAUCGUCAGAGAAGGGACAAGGAAUGGGCAGAACUAAAUAAUUCAAUUGAGGAGUUGAAGGUGCAAAGACAGAAAUUAGAAAAACAGAGAGAAUUGCUGCAUGCUGAUAGAGAAGAGAUUCAAACUGAGAUCGAACACUUGAAUAAAUUGGAGGAUUUGAAAAUAGCUGUAGAUUAUAUGGCUGUGAGUGAGAUGCAACACUCAAGGCUGGAGCAUACCCAGCAGAAAAUUUCUGCCAGAAGAUAUUCAAAGCUGCAAAGUCCCGUAUCACAUGUUGAUUUGGUUUCACAAAAUAAUCUACAUGUUACUGACAAUGGCAAUGGGUUUAAUUCUCCUCCUGUGCAAAAAGAAAAUGGUUCUUCUCAUCCCAGCUCUGCUCGAUUCUCAUGGAUCAAGAAAUGCACUGAUUUAUUGUUUAAAUAUUCCCCCGAGAAACCCUCAUCAAAGGAUGAGGAUAAGUCUGUGACAUCUGACCAUGAAGAUGCAAGCUUGGCUACUUCUAGUAAGAGGCAAUCCGUGAGAUUUGCAUUUGGAGAACCAAAAGUGAUACUUGAAGUUCCCUCUGAAGAUAAGGAUGCUAAAGGAGCGCAUGAUUCAGAAUCUGAAAUCAAGAAAGAUGCCGCUGAAAAGUGUUUGCAAUCAAUAUCAGAGGAUGGACUUCAGGGUGGAAGGAAAAGAAGGGCUGAUAACUAUGUUUCCAGUGAAUUUGUUGAUCCAUCAGAACUGCAAAGGCAGAAGAAGAAAAAGAGGAGGCAGCAACAAGAUGUUCCUGCAAAUCCAUCCGAAGAGGCCACCACCCACGAUGUAAUUUCGAAAGAAUCAAGUGUGCGAGAGGAUCAACAUGUAGUCAUCUCAUCGAAUCAUAAUCAGGGAGGUUCUGAGGAGACUAGUGUAUUAGUUAUAGAUAAAAUCAUUAGAAUUUCAGAAGUGACUUGUGAAAAGAUUGAUGAUCAAGAUAUCAUCAAUCAAGAAAAUAUAGUUCAUUUGGAGAAUCCUGUUGCUGGACCAGAACUGGAUGCUCUUAAUGCUGGAGGAAAGAAUGUUUUUUCAGAUUCUACACAAGUAGAAACGGGAAAUGUUAAACAAGUUACUGAGAAUGUUCAUUUGCAGAAUCCUGUUGCUGGACCAGAUCUGGAUGUUCUUAAUGCUGGAGGAAAGAAUGUUUUUUCAGAUUCUACACAAGUAGAGACGGGAAAUGUUAAACAAGUUACUGAGACUAGUCAGUUUCAGAAAGAUGAUGUAUCUGGAAAGAGUGAUCAGAAGCUUAAUGAGCAUGAUCUUGGCCAAUCUGACAAUUCUAAGGAAGAUGAGCAAAUUGCAAAGAGGACAAGAUCCAAAGUGAAGAAGUAGAAUUCUGGAGCCGCUCCGCCACAGUGCAGUAUUUUAGAGCAGUCUUGCACAGAAGUUACUAUUUGGUUUUUAACAGUUGGAGGAUUUUAGUCAAUAUUGCCGGCAGACUUUUUCGUACCCGGGCCCAAAUUGUAGAUGACUUAGCUAACUAUCAUCUAGUGAGAUAUUUGUAAAUUUUUUGUCCAUCCUAUAUGGUCUUUCCUUUGUGUGGGGGUUUCUUUAGGGCAGUUGGUGGUUCACAUUUUAUUUUGUAUUACGGUAUGGCUUCUGGGUUUCCUACUAUGUUGUUUGGUAAGUGGUAGAUUACUUUUGCCUAGAUGAUUGUAUCUACCGACUCCUGAAAUUGGUGGUGAUAAGUUUGGAAUGCAGAUUGGCUUUUGUUGUUUUUA